AUGGCAAAUGGUUUGUUGAAUUCCUACAAAAGUGACAAAAGUAAAGAAGAGUGGGGUAGUGAAUUAUUCAAUGUUCUUGAGUCAAUUUCAUUUUUCCAAAGAUCACUAGGUUUUGAUGGUGGUUUUAUCAUGCAUGAUCUUGUCAAUGACUUAGCAAAAUCGGUGUCUCGAGAGUUUUGCUUACAAGUAGAGGAUGAUAAGAAUGUAAAUCACAUUUCUAAAUGGACACGCCACAUUUGGUUCUCUUUUGAUUCGGAAGAUGCGGAUAGAAUAUUAAAGCACACUUGUAGAAGUAAGGAAUUACACAGCUUGUUGAUAGAACCAAAAAGUUACAAAUGGACCGAGAUAAGCAACAAUGUGCAAUGUGAUAUAUUUUCCAAACUAAAAUAUUUGCGGAUGUUGUCAUUUCUUGGUAGUAGGUCUUUACAUACAAAGCUAGAGCUAGAGCUAGCAGAUGAGAUAGGCAAUUUAAAGCUUUUGCGCUAUCUAGACGUGUCUUGGACGAGUAUUAAUAGGUUGCCUGAUUCUAUUUGUAAGCUUUACAAUUUAGAGACACUGAUAUUGGAAGGGUGUUCUAAUUUGACUGAAUUUCCUUUAGAUUUUUGCAAACUUGACCAUUUACGCCAUCUUAAUCUGGAAGGAACUGCAAUAAGGAAGAUGCCAAAGAACAUAAGGAAACUAAACCAUCUACAAACGUUGACUAAUUUUUUUGUGGGAGAGUCGAGUGGGUCUGAUAUUGAGGACUUAGGAAGUCUCAAUCUUCUUCAAGGAAAACUUUGUCUUUCAAGAUUGAACAAUGUCACGGAUCCAACACAUGCCGUAAAGAGCCGUUUGCAAGAUAAGAAGUUUUUAGAAGAAAUACAUAUGAAAUUUGAUAUUUCAAGAAUGGAAAGCAAUGUGUCUGUCUUGGAUGCCCUUCAACCAAAUAACAAUCUGAAGAGGCUCACUAUCCAGAACUACAAUGGCAAUAUGUUUCCAACUUGGAUAAGGGGGUGUGAUUUACCCAAUUUAAUAUCUCUUAAACUGAAGAACUGUAAUGGAAUAAAGAUCUUUGGCAAUAACUCAACAAAUGUUCCGUUCAAGUUCCUUGAAGUUUUGGAAUUUAACGGGUUGUCUGAAUGGGAAGAAUGGUUAUGUAUCGAAGCGUUUCCACGGUUUAAAGAGCUUUCUAUAACAAGUUGUCCCAAAUUGAAAAGAGCAUUCCCUCCACACCUUCCUUCAUUACAGAAAUUGGUGAUUAUAUUAGCAGACUUACACACUAGCCCUACGUUGCAUGAAGAUAACAUUUCCACCUUGCAUGAUGAGAAUGAGUGCACACAGUAA